CAUCCUUGUGCCAUCCAUUCCCACCUGUCAGAAAUUAACUGGAAUGGCCCAUUGUAAACUCGUUUCUGUCCCUUUGCCGCAAGGUAACUUUCUCAUCAACAAUGGAAUUUGAAGAAACUCCGUCACAGGACGGGUUAGGCAUGAGACCUGUAUUAAAGCUUAAAAAUGAAAACCCUCAUAAAGCAAGUCUUCCAAGAUCAUGCCAUGUCAAUUUUGAACACACGAAUCGUUGCCGUAAGGGGAGGUAUCCCGGUCGAAAGCGAUCUCGCAAACUUCCCAGCUGCACUACGGACUGGGAUAUUACAGAUUUGGAUUCUGUUGCUGUCUAUUAUAAAGAUAAGCCAGAUAAAAUGUCGACAAUACUUGACAUGGUUUACAGUGAAACAGAGAUGUUUGGAGGUUUAACUUCAGAACAAUCAGAAUUUGUAAAAACUCUAGAGAACUGUUUUACCUUCUCAUUUGACACCAAUGACUUACUUGUUUAUUCCAGUCAAAGAUUAGACAUGUUAUUAAUAGACAGCAUCAAAGAAGAUGUGACUGGAAAUGGAAGAAUUCUGACAAAUCUUGGUGAACAUUUUAUUAGAAAUUUGAUACUGAUGAUUAAGUGUUAUGAUUUUGAAAAUGAAGAAAGCUUGAGGAAAGAUGGAAGAAAAUCUGGAUCAGAAGCUGUGUUUAUAGAUUUGUAUACAAUAUUUGUGAGAAUGACUGGUGUUUUAGCAGGUCCAGGUGCAAUGUUCAAGUCGACAAUGAAUAUUCUUCAGAAAAGUGUAACAGCAGAACCAGACGUUGUAAUUCUUGCUGGGAACAUACUUGAGAAUCCAAGAGUGGUGUGUGCUGUGUCUGUUGUAGAGAUACAGUGUGUGGAGAAAAGUAUGAGUAGUUGUCAGCAUGAGCAUACAAGAUUAAAGAAAAACAGACAGAAAGAUCCUGAAACAUCAUCAUCACUAUCAUCAUCAUCAUUUUCUAGUGAUAGUGAACACUCAGAUAAUGAUGAGAAACCUAUUCAUGAUAAACCACAUAUUUUUAAAAGAAUUCCCCCAAAACUUUUAGCACAGCAUGGUGGACAACUUCUAGUUCUUUCUCAGCUAUAUACUGGUCAGCAUUUCACCAAGGAUAAGUUAAAAAAGCUAAUUCCUGGAAUUAUUGUCAUGGGAACCCAGGUGACUUUUACAUUACUUGAGUACAGUGUCAACCAUAUGAAAGAUUUAUUCCUAAAUAAUGUAAAUGGAAAAGAAAGAAGCUACAUAUAUUACACAGAGCCAAUGGAUUACCUCAAGAAGGAAGAUCGUAAUUUAUUGUGUGAAUCCAUUGUGAGGUUGAGUAAUGUAAAACACUGAUUCAAAGUGUACAAUCAGUUUACCCUGAGGAACAAAAAUCUAAGAUAUGAUGACGUCACAUUGAGGAACAUGGCCUAAAAAAUACAUUAACAUACAUGUAUGAUUGAUGAACAUGGGAUCUAUAUAUACAUUAGCAUAAUCUUGGGGAAAAAAGACUCAAGAUAUCAUGACGUUAUAUUGAGAAACACAACCCAAAAACAUAACAACAAAUGAUUGAGCAAUAUGGAUCCUAUAUAUUCAAUUGAAUAACAUUUAGGAACGAAAAUACAAGAUAUCAUGACUUUUAAAAAGGAGAAAUAUUGCAUCCUAUUAGCAUAAGAUUAAGAAAUAUGGAUCCUAUUUUACAGCAUCAUAACCUUAGGGAACAAAGAUCCAAGAUAUCAUGAUGUCAUAUUGAGAAAUCUUGCCUCCAAAAAUAAUUAACAUGGAUCCUAUAUGUACAGAAGCUUUACCUUCAGGAACAAAUUAUCCAAUAUAUCUUAACGUAUUAUUAAUGAACAUGGCCCAAAACAACUUAAACAUAAUGAAAUGCUAGAAAGUUUUAGCUUAUAAUAUGAUGGAUGGAUGGUGUCUGGAUAUUCUAAUGUCAAUAUUAUAUUUCCAAAUAAACAUUUUUGAGUUAUAACCAAUAUCUUAACCAGUUUGUUUGUGAAUGACUCAUGAGGGGAGAAAGAACCCCUUUUGGUUUAAGGAUCAAUAUGUCAAUGUCAAAGCAGCUGAAAUUUUGUAAAUAAAAUUAUUUCUGGACGUUA